AUGCAACGAAAAGACCCGGAAAUAACGAAUAAUGAAACAAUUCAUAUAUUGACAUUUCGUGCUCAUUUCCAAAUUUCUGCUUUGUUAUUCCCAUCAUCCGGUAACCACAGGAUGAUCCACAAGAAAGGUGGCAGGAUUCGAACCUAUGGCCGGCCUGCCCCUGACCUGCUGGGUUGGGUGGCCGGGUUAGCACCCCUCGUCGCCUCUGUACCCGAAACAGAUGCGCUGCGCUACCCAGCGCCUAACCUUGUCUCCCCUACUCCUCUUCUGGUUGUGCCAUUACCAAUCGCGGGUAACCCCCGGUCCGGCCGCCCCUGA